ACCAUGAAAUGUCCUUUCUACCAAAAUUUCCAAAAGUAUAUUAAAAUUAAAUCUUAUUUAGUAAAACUAACAUAAGUUUUUAGUAUUUGAUCAACAAAAUUCAAUUCGGCAAAAAUAAUUUCAUGAGAACAAGACUUUAAUUCCUAAGUGGGACAUAAAAGAAAAAAAAGAAAAAAAGGAAUAGAAGAAAAGAAGCAAAUUUGUAAAUAUAGAAAUAAAUCAAAAGUGUAUUGAGAAUUGAGGUUAUGAAAAUUCUUACCAUAUUUUAAUUUGUAUUUCCCUUUCAUAAAGAUUUAAAUUCCUAAGUGGGACAUAAAAGCAAAAAAAAAAAAAUUAAAAAAAUACAAGAAGCAAAUUAGUAACCAUGAACAUAAAUCAAUAGUGUAUUGAGAAUUGAGGUUAUGAAAUUAUUACCAUAUUUUGAUUUUUAUUUCCCUUUCAUAAAGAUUGUCAUUUGUUUAUGCGAGUGAAAAACGAUUUACUACUAUAUUAAAAUAAAUGAAAUUAUUAAAAGUUUCACACUUUAAUAGUAACACGUCAUCAUCAACAAUAAGUAUUAUUUAAGUAGUAUGUGCACCUCGUUCUUUAUAUACCCUAUAAGAAGCAAAUUCAUUUACAUUACUUACUAACAUCACACAUAUCUUUAUAGGACACGCAGUUUGCACCCAAAAAUGAUCAGUAACGCUUUGUCUUUAAUUCUUUUCACCUCCCUCCUUCUAGUCUAUUCAGGACAGAUAACAGAUGGACAACCCCAAUGCCCUUUUUGUAUUGCGAAUCCAAAUGCCUCAGAUACAAUGAUACAACAAAAGCUAGAUUAUUUUUGUGGAGCAAAUCCAGCAUCUUGUGCACUUAUACAACCAGGACAACCAUGUUAUGUGGCCAAUGAUCUCAGGACAACUGCUUCUUAUGUCUAUGAUUAUUGGUUUGUUGGGGGUGCUGAAUGCAAUUUUGAUGAUACUGGACUUCAAACUUACCAAGAUCUAAGUCAUGGAGAUUGCAAAUUCUUGCCACAAAAUUGCACAUCAGCAUGAAGACAUGAAGUUAUAUAUGGAUGACCGUAAAAUUUUCUCUUUAAAGAAAUUCUUUGUAAUUGUAC